UCGCAGAGCUCUAUAACAGGACCUAAACCACAAAGGAUUGUAGCACUGAGGACUUUUAUUACAAGAGGACUUUUAUUUAUUUCAAGAGGACUUCUGACUGAAGACAAUACAGACGCGCUGAGCCAUGACUCUGAACAAGGGAGACAAGUUUCGGAGCAGCAUGGACAAGAGGAGAGGGAGCAUGCCGUUCCCGAUGCACCUCCAAAACCUUCACAGGCGAAGCAUGCCCGUGGAUGACCGGGAGCUACGAGCCAGCAUGCCCGCGGCACCCACCGGACAGCUCACCAACCUCAUGCGCUGUACAUCCUACGGCCCCGGCGAACAGAAUCGGGAGGGGUGCGUGUCCGACUCGUCCGACUCGGUCAUCUCAUCUGGUAGCGAUUCGGACAGCCAGGUGUUCAAGGUGGUGUUGCUGGGGGAACACGGCGUGGGGAAGUCCAGCCUCGCGCGCAUCUUCGGGGGCGUGGAGGAUAGUCACGAUUUCGAGGAGGCAGGCAACACGUAUGACAGAUCUCUGGAGGUGGACGAUGAGGAGGCCAACAUCCUGCUGUACGACGUCUGGGAACAGGACAACAGCCAGUGGCUGAAGGACCAGUGCAUGCGCAUGGGCGAUGCCUACAUCAUCGUGUAUUCCGUGACGGACAAGGCCAGCUUCGAGAAGGCGUCCGAGCUGCGUAUCCAGCUGCGCCGCGCGCGCCAGUCCGAAAACAUUCCCAUCAUCCUCGUGGGCAACAAGAGCGACCUGGUGCGGUCCAGAGAGGUGUCCGUGGACGAGGGGAGCGCCUGUGCGGUGGUGUUCGACUGCAAGUUCAUCGAGACGUCGGCCUCGCUGCACCACAACGUGCAGGAGCUGUUCGAGGGCAUCGUGCGGCAGAUCCGGCUGCGCAAGGACAGCAAGGAGGAGAACGCCCGGCGGCAGGCCAGCUGCAAGCGCCGCGAGAGCAUCAGCAAGAAGGCCAAGCGCUUCCUGGGACGCAUCGUGGCGCGCAAGAACAAGAAGGCCGCCUUCAGGCAGAAGUCCAAGUCCUGUCACGACCUCACCGUGCUCUGAAGAAAAGAAAAAAACUCAACACCCCAACCUUUCAACUCUACCUGUGUCUGCUCUCUCUCUCUGUCCGAACCUUUCAACUCUACCUGUGUCUGCUCUCUCUCUGUGUCCAAACCCCAAACUCUUCCUUGUGUCUCCUCUCUCGGUAUCGUGCUCUCUUUAUGUCGUUUCUCUUUCUGUCUUUUAUUGUGUCUAGUCUUUGCUCUGUAUUCCUUUGUGCCUCUAUUCCCUCUCUCUAUCAUUAUUUCUCUGUGUCCUUCUCUGUGUGUCUCCUCUCUCUCUCGCUCUCUCUCGCUCUCUCUCUCUCUCUCUCUCUCUCUCUCUCUCUCUCUCUCUCUCUCUCUCUUCUGUCUAUUUUUUUGUGUGUCUCCUUCCACUGGACCGGAUGCCUGUGUGCUUUCGACACUACAGUACAUGCCAACCUUCAUGGACUGACUCGACUGUACAGAGAUAUUGGAGUAUUUUAUAUUGCAUAAACAUCAACAGGAGAGUUAUUGAAAUAUGACGACCCGUACACCAUGUUUAACCUGCAUGAAGCUUUCUAAACUUUUUUCUUGUUUCUUAUUAUCUUUUAUUUCCUAUUGAUUUCUGCUGCCUUAACUGUAUAGUGUUUGGACAUCAUUGUAUAUAGAUUAUAGAGCCACAGGAAGCCAUUUUUAGGGUUACCCUGGUGACGGAAUGCAGGGAGUGGGUGGGCGGGCUUUAUCAUGCUAUCAGCCUAUUGGUCAGGAAUCUCUUCUGCCCUGCCUGAGGCGUGGCUCCUCCCCCUGUGACCACAUCACUGGUGAGGGAGCCAAUCGGAGCUCUCGAAGCACAGCUAUUAAUGAGUUCUCACAAAAUGUGAUCCGCUUGUCUGGAAUCAUAUAUUACUUGAAACUGUGGGUGCGCAGGUUCGCACUCCAGUGACCCAGGAACUGCAUGGGGGUAUUUGGGAGACGGGGGUGGGGGAACACUCUACUAGGGGUCUAAGAGGAUGGAUUUACACAACGUUUGAUAAUGUUUUAGGGUUCUGUUUUGUUUUUGGUGCCACAAUUAAACCCUCAGCGUGAAUGAGUGAAAAAAGAAAAAAACAACAACAGAGAGAAUAGAGAAGCAAUAAAUGACAUCUGUUCUGUGUUGUGAAAUGUAACUGUUUCAAACAGUUUUGAAAAAUGAUUGAUUUGCACUUAUGUUAGGAUAAUAAUAAUAUUCAACUGAAUUUUGUUAUAUGUUUACAUGAAUAUUUUGUAAUAAAAGAAAUAA